CCUCCCUUGCCCAAGUAAACUGCAUGCAAAAAUCCCACAUGAUCAACCAGCAGCGCCUGUGCUCCGAGCUAGCUGUCUGCGCCUCCUCCGUGCAUCUACUCCUCGCACACACCAGCUUCCAGAUCUCUCUUCUGACGCACACGCAUGUGUAUGUAUGUGCGUGUCUCUAUAUACCGUGUAUAUAUCUAUGUAGCUGUCUGUUGUACACGCACAUGCACACAGACACCCAGCGCGCUAGGCUCCCAGAUUUUCCUAGGCUGCUGAUGUCGGAUUUACAGGCAGUGAAGGGACCAGCAUUGCAAAAGGGGGCGUGACAGUUUAAAUAUCCCCCCCAUAAAACAUUUUUUUUUGCGAAACUGACUUUUGCCCCCACCCCCCGCCGCUGCAUUCAAGUUUAUUUGCUUGCUAGGGCGGAAUAUUUUUUCUUCAGAGGGAAAAGCUGCCGGGCAAGACCAAGACGAAGGUUUGAUUUGUUUUCUGAUGUAGUCCUCUGAGGGGUGCUUGCUUUCCUCCCCCUUCCCUCGCUCUUUCAAACUGUUUCGUCCUUCUUCCCAAGUCGAUGGUUCAGGGAUGGACCCUGCUUUAUUCUAACACAGACACUUGGGGAAGCCGAAGGAGGAGAUUUCUGCUGCUUGUCCUGCGGCUCCAGCUCGUUCCCUGUGCAGAGGAGGCGGCUUGACACCAGCAUCACCAGAGGAGUUUGUGGGCUUUCAGUUUCCCCUUCUGCGAGGUUCGGCUGGUUUUACAGCCUCUCCUAAAACACCCUGAUUUCCAUCUGCUUGGGUCCCGCGCCGCAGUACUGCUUGGAUUGGCCGCUUUUUGUGCCUUUGCUGUGGCUCGGUCCGUAGUGCAUCCAGCGCCCAGGAACAGGAAGGACAAAAACCCACCCCACGAAGUCUCCUCCAACCAAGACACACACUCCGCUGCAGAGCAGGCUCCCCAACUCCAUCCGCGCAGCAGCCGGACUCUUCGGGGCUCGCUUGCUGCCCUUCUGCAGCGUGGGGGGGGCAGAGCGGCAAACUUUGUUCUUGCUGCACGGAUUCGCCUCCCGCCCGGCCCAGCUGCCUGGACACAUUCCCAGGACCCCGGGGGGAGGGCGCCAGGGAGAAGAUUUGUAGCUGCUGCUUCCCCUCCAUCCUCGCGCGCUUACCUGAACCGGUUGCAGCUGCCUCCAGAGCCGGAGGGCUGCGAAGGAAGGACGGACAUUGAACCCCCUCCCCUCAUGUGCCACCAGCCACCAAGUAACUUUGCAAAAGGCCGGAGAGCAGUGCCUUGAGAGGAGCCCCCCCGACUCCCAGCCUAGCGCUAGCAGCCUCCCGGCGCCAGUGUAUGUCUCCCCGUGGGCUCCGCACUGGACUCCCGGUGAAUGUUCCCCGCCCGCCGCCCGCUGCAGCCGCCGCCUGGCUCGGAUCCCACCUCCCCCUGCCGGGGUGACUAAGCUCCAGCGGCUCCUGAAGGGACCCAAGGACCCCCCCCCUCGGCACACCCUAUUGGGGGGGCGUCUCGCUGCGGCUCGUCAGUGCAGCCUCCUUGUGGUCCCCUCCCUGCCCUCUCUGUGUGUCUGUCUGCGACUCGAUUGACUGACUGAUCCCCCGGCGGCGGUGUGGGCCGGGACUCAGUGAUGUUGCACGUGGAGAUGUUGAUGCUGGUGUUUCUGGUGCUCUGGAUGCGUGUGUUCAGCCAGGAUCCCGGCUCCAAGGCGGUGGCCGAUCGCUAUGCCGUCUACUGGAACAGCACCAACCCCAGAUUCCAAAGGGGUGACUACCACAUUGAUGUCUGCAUCAAUGAUUAUUUGGAUGUGUUCUGCCCUCACUAUGAAGAUUCAGUGCCAGAAGAUAAGACUGAACGCUACGUUCUUUACAUGGUGAACUUUGAUGGCUAUAGCUCCUGCGAUCACACCUCCAAAGGAUUCAAGAGGUGGGAAUGCAAUCGGCCUCAUUCCCCGAAUGGACCAUUGAAGUUCUCAGAAAAAUUCCAACUCUUCACUCCCUUCUCACUAGGAUUUGAGUUCAGGCCAGGCCGGGAAUAUUUCUACAUCUCUUCUGCAAUCCCUGAUAAUGGAAGGAGGUCCUGUCUAAAGCUUAAAGUCUUUGUGCGGCCAGCAAACAGCUGUAUGAAAACUAUAGGUGUUCAUGAUCGUGUUUUCGAUGUUAACGACAAAGUAGAAAAUUCAUUAGAACCAGCAGAUGAUACCGUACAUGAGUCAGCCGAGCCAUCCCGCGGUGAGAAUGCAGCACAGACACCGAGGAUAUCCAGCCAGCUUUUGGCAACCCUACUGUUCCUCCUGGCGAUGCUUUUGACAUUAUAGCACAGUAUAUUCCAGUAACCUGUCACAGAAAACAUCAGGAUCUUGGAACAUCAAAGAUCCACCUAACUGCUCCUCCCAAAAAGGGACUUUAUAUUGGUUUUGCAGAUGUCAAAUUUUUUUGGGGGG